CGUCCCUCCCAGCAACCGGCCUGGCGGCGGCGCGGCCACAAAAGUGAGGAGGCGGAGCCAAGACGGGGUCGGUACUGCUCGCUAACUCCUGCACCAGGUUUAAGUUUUUGACAUUGAAGUAGGUCUACACAUUAGGAACUCAUGUCUUUUCUUGUAAGUAAACCAGAGCGAAUUAGGCGGUGGGUCUCGGAAAAGUUCAUUGUUGAGGGCUUAAGAGAUUUGGAACUAUUUGGAGAGCAGCCUCCGGGUGACACUCGGAGAAAAACCAAUGAGGCAAGCUCAGAGUCCAUAGCAUCCUUCUCUAAACAAGAGAUCAUGAGUAGCUUUCUGCCUGAGGGGGACUGUUACGAACUUCUCACCAUUAUAGGCAAAGGAUUUGAGGACCUGAUGACUGUGAAUUUAGCUAGGUACAAACCAACGGGAGAGUAUGUGACAGUCCGGAGGAUUAACCUGGAGGCUUGUUCCAAUGAGAUGGUGACAUUUCUGCAGGGGGAGCUGCAUGUCUGUAAACUCUUCAACCAUCCCAAUAUCGUGCCCUAUCGAGCCACCUUUAUCGCAGACAAUGAGCUGUGGGUUGUCACGUCAUUCAUGGCAUAUGGUUCUGCAAAGGAUCUCAUCGGGACACAUUUCAUGGAUGGCAUGAACGAACUGGCCAUUGCUUACAUUCUGCAGGGGGUACUAAAAGCCUUGGAUUACAUCCAUCACAUGGGCUUUGUGCACAGGAGCGUCAAGGCCAGCCACAUCCUGGUCUCCGUGGACGGGAAGGUCUACCUUUCCGGCUUACGCAGCAACCUCAGCAUGAUCAGCCACGGGCAGCGGCAGCGCGUGGUCCACGAUUUCCCCAAGUAUAGUAUCAAGGUUCUGCCGUGGCUCAGCCCCGAAGUGCUCCAGCAGAACCUUCAGGGUUACGAUGCCAAGUCUGACAUCUACAGUGUGGGCAUCACAGCCUGUGAACUCGCCAAUGGCCACGUUCCUUUCAAGGACAUGCCUGCCACCCAGAUGCUCCUGGAGAAGCUGAAUGGCACGGUGCCCUGCUUGCUGGACACCAGCACCAUCCCUGCCGAGGAGCUGACCAUGAGCCCCUCACGCUCCGCGAACAGCCCCGGCCUGGGCGAGAGCCUGGCCUCCAGCACCUCCCGCCCCUCCAAUGGCGACUCGCCUUUCCACCCCUACCACCGGACCUUUUCCCCUCACUUCCACCACUUUGUGGAGCAGUGCCUUCAACGAAACCCCGACUCAAGGCCCAGUGCCAGUGCCCUCCUGAGCCACUCCUUCUUCAAGCAGAUCAAGCGGCGUGCCUCGGAGGCCUUGCCCGAGUUACUUCGUCCAGUCACCCCCAUCACCAAUUUUGAAAGCAGCCAGUCUCGGGAUCAGAAUGAAAUCUUUGGCCUGGUGACCAGCCUGGAAGAGCUGGAGGUGGACGACUGGGAAUUCUGAGCAUUGGUAGACCAUGCUCUAGGCCCCGGCCCUUCCUGAGGGCUCGGUGCAGACUGGGUAGAAAGGAAUUCUGCCAGUCAGAGCAACGUGCUGGCUCAUUGGAGGGACAUUCCAGAAGAGACCGCUCCACGGCUUUAAGAUCAGGAAUGGUGGAAGGCUUCCAGCUCAGGGGACCUCAGAAGGAAGAGAUGCUACUUAGGCCCCGAGGCUGAAGUCCAAGUCCUGGGUUUGACACAGGGACCAAAGGAACCGUCACCUCCUCUCCCCACUUGUUCUGCUGCCACUCUUUCCCUCUCCCCAAUUCUACAGGCCAAUUCUAUAGUGAUGAGGCAAGUUAGCAGGAACCUGCCUCCUUUGCCUUCAGGUCUCGCUAAUAAUUGAAGGGCAGGGUAAUUCUGUCAUCUUAAACACCAGCUUAAAAGCUGGGGCAGAUCUUCCUUUCCCUCUUAUCUCUCAGACUCUGACACCUGAACUCCUCCGGUAGCUCAUCUGUUUAGUUUAUUCCUUUCCCCAGAAUCCAUCUUAGCCCUUCUGCCCGCUGCCUUGGUGCCAUACUGUCAUGCCUUGCCUGAGGGCCUAAGUACCUGUGUGUAUCCGUCUUGUCCAAACAAAUAAAAGUUUUCAAAGACUA